UUAUUUUUGUUCUCUUUAGCGAUCGCAUGAAUGCCGCCGGCUGCCUGGAGCAUGUCUGGCUGAAGGAUGAGUGUGCGUUGGACAGACAAAUCUAUUUGCAGACACAGCAUGAUGCUGAUUUUGUGCAGGACGAGGAUGAAGAUGAUGAAGAUGUUGAUGAUGAUGAGGAGGAGGAGGAGGACGAGGAGGAAGAGGAAGAUGUCGAGGAAGAGGCAGAGGCAGAGCAACAGCAAAAGCAGCAGCAGCAGCAACAACAGAGCAGCACAACAGCAACAACAACAAUUAAAGCCACACUAACACCCAACAACAGCAACAAAGCCACGCACAAUGGCCACAGGGCGCAUUCAAGCUCCAAGAUACCGAUUGCCACUAGCCACAAGCUAAGCCCGAGCACCGAGACAACAACAGCCAUACACACACUGCCCCAAACGCUGACCAUGUCGCCAGCAACAACACCAACAACAGCAACAACAAUGCCAGCAACAACGAAACCAACACAAAUUGUGACGCCAACGCGACGUGCUUCAGAUUCGGAUAAAGAAAAUACAUAUACGGCGACAUUUGUUAAGAAACCGGUGGCCAGCACAGCGACCAUACAGAUUGGCAGCAAUGGUCUCGAGGAAUCGACAGUGAUUGCCACAUUAGCCCUGUUCCCGGAUGCACCCACAACGCCCAAAGUUAUACGCAAAACGCCCGCAACGGAGGCAAGUUCAGCGACAUCGGUGAAGGCUCUUGUCAAGAAAUUCCAACUGGAGGAGCUUGAGGCGCAUAAUUCAGCCAGCUGUAGCGCCACUUGUUCCGCCAUCUCCAUCUCCACCUCCACCUCUUCAAAUUCCAGCUCCAGCUCCAAUUCUAAUUCCAAUUCCACCUCCAACUCCAACUCAAUAUCGUCUCCGCAAUUGCAGCUGCAACAGCCACGCAAAUGUUCCGUGCCCAGCGUUAUGCUGCCAACUGUAAGCAACAGCAACAUGCGUCGCAGCAUCAGCGGCACCACGAGCAACAACGCCAGCAACGGCAGCAACAGCAGCUGUGGCAACAACACGCGUCGUGCCUCAGAGCCAUUGACAGCGGUGCACAAGAAACAGAACAACAUGAGUUCAAGCAACAGCAGCUCUGUGUCCAUUGGCAGUCCAAGUCCGAGUGCCAGCAGCAAUGGCACCGCUGGCAGCAGCAACAACAACAGCAACAACAGCAGCAACAGCUGCAGCUGCAACACGCUUGCAACAUGCCUGCACGUGCGGAAGUUUUGUUUGAUUUGAGUUUCUUAGUUAAUGUUAUUAGCGCAUAGUUGAUCUAAUUAAUUACCACACUGUACUCCAACCUCCCCACAACCCCCUUACAUGCUCUAUAUAAGAUUAUCGCAAAAUAUAUGUGUAUAUAUAACUAUGUAUGUAUGUUGUCGUUGAAGUAUACAAAUAUUGUCGCACGGCGAUUAAGAUUUAAAAAACAUGAUAAUAGUUGAAAAUGAGCGAGAUAAACAGCUUAACAGCAUCAGAGAAGAAGAAAGAGAGAGAAAGAGAGAGAGAGAGAGAGAGAGA